ACCUGUAUAAUACCUGUAGACUUGUUAUUGAACAUAAGUUAGAUUUAGCAGCAAAAUGGCCCGUGAAGCUGCUAUGUGUAUCCCACUAAACUGCAGAGGCCUGCAAGUGCUAGGGUUUCCUAUCAAAGAUAAGAUCUUCCUUAGCGUACAUCAGCUAGCUAUUGAAUUGUGGAAAGCAUACGACACUCCCCGAGUUUCGGUGCAAAGAAAAAUCAACGAUCUAGGGAUUAAAAUUGUGAUCAGCGAUCGAAGCAUGAUACGUCUGUUACGUGCUGCAGGAAUAAUAGAGAACUUCAGAGCCACAAUGAUACUGCUCAGAGAUGCUGAGAUAUUGUGUGAUGCUCUAGACUACUCCAGGAAGAAACGAGGACUCGCGAAGCAUGCAUUGCAAUCCAAACACAAACCUGGAGAGAGGUCAACACGCCGUGAGGAGCUAAGUGCGAAGAAAUUCACAGAAAAAUUCACCAGCCUCUACGAUGUGGAUGUUUUGCAAGCACAUUCUGUCGACAGCGUUUCCUUGACGAGAUCUCAAAUUGAACCACAACAUGAUAAUCAUGACCGAGAGUGUUCAUCAUUUAGAGACACACUUUCACCUGAUCUUCACUUGGAACUUCAUAUAGACACUCUUCUUGUUGCAAAUGAGCCUGUCAUUCUGGGAGAAGAUCCUUAUGAAGAAAUAAAACUGGUGUCAUUAGAAGCUUGGAAAUUGUCCAUUCAUCGUUCUAUGGAUUUGCCGCCUCAGCUCCAUCUUUAUCAUUCGCCGACAAAUCAACCAAUUAGAUUACAGACAAGUAAAUUCAUGCACACAGAAGCAAGCUACGAAGAAGAUACCUAUAAACCGCUAAGUUCACCAAAUACGGAAACUAGUGAAUUUGACGAAAUUUAUUCGUCUCCGAGCACAAGAUCAGGACAUCCCUCAAGAAGCUCUGACACACCCGAGCGAUUUCUGUACCUCCAGGGCAGCAGCAGCGAUUCUGAAGAGGACAUUAGCAGAGAGGUCAAAGUUCACGGAGGGACUUUUCCAUUGAUUGAUUCUGACGAGAGGACAUUUAAUUAUGGUGACAAGCAUCCUUCCAAGCGCAUAGUGGGUACCAAGCUGAGACACUUUGCACAAACGUCGUCACCACGGACAAUUGCCAAUGACCCCUCCCCCAACUCUCUCUCCAUACCUAGUGCAACUCAAAUCCCUUCCACUUCACGAAUUGAGCCGACCAUCGUGACUGGAAAAAAAAAGAGAGGCCGUCCACCGAAAGUGAAACAUCCAAGACCGACAGCACUCAGCACAUUUGCAACCAAGAAACGUCCAAUCAGUCGAACUCCGACCCCCCUCGAGGAUGGUGAUAGACAAUUAAGAAGAAUGGGCGAAUUUCAAGGGGAGCCUCCUUCAUUAAGAGCUGAUAUUGACAAACAGACUGAAGUUACCAAACGUCAAGCGCCGUCUUUGCUACAACUAUCCACUGCUCAUAACUUAUACACUGACUCAACGAACACGCCCGCUAAUUCAGUUUUGGACGAUGAUAUCGGUUCUGUCGCAAGUGUAUCGACCAAUAGCUCGGGUCAAAGGUCAUCUACAAGGGUCACCAGACGUACUAGAGCGAGUGAAAAAGAAAAACAGGCUCCGUUUAGAUUCAACGAUUUGUUUAAUUUCUACCCCCCAAAACUUAUAGUUCGAGACGGUGAAUUGGUACCCGAGCAAAGCCUCUCUGUAAAACAUAUGGAUAGAGUUUCAAUAAGCAAUCUCCCUGAGUCACAUCCGUUCAUGAAUUGGCGGGUGGGGGAACCCGUGUCUGAGAACGAGGAGGAGUCAAGUAAGAACAACAGUCGGAAGCGAAAAACUUUUACAUAAAUCUUUUUUGUAUAAUACUUUCUAUAUGUGGCACUCCUCUGCAAUCUCUUGUAUUUGUAUAAUUAUAAUCAUCCAUCA